AUGGAUAUGCAUUUCAAUGGUGACUUAGCGAGCCUUGACGCCGAACUGUUGCAACUUCCGGAGCAGGAGGUAUCUCCUCUGACCAGCCAAGCCAUUCGUGAUUUCGCCGAGAAGCUCUUCGAUCAGUGGCUUUCGCUUCCUGAAACAAGUAAUCAGGUAAAAUAUUUGCUCUAUAAAGCAAAGAGAGGUCGUUCUUUGCAUGUCUCUGGAGCAGCAGACCUACCUGCUUUAGGCUCUCCCAAGAAAUUAGUGAAAGACCCUGGGAAAGAGCUUAUACCGCAGUUCUAUUUUCAAAAUGGCCGUCCACCCUCUCAAGAAUUGCUAGACGAGUGCUUGUCUGGAAUUAAACAGUUUUUUCCUGCUGAAAGUAACGGACUCCAAAUCCAGGAAUUUAAACGAGCUACGAAAGAAAUUUGCAAGCUCCCAUCAUUCUUCUCCACUGCACUUUUUACAAAGAUUGACGUCAACUGCACAGGCAUUGUGACCAGAGAUACAUUUGUUGACUAUUGGAUUAUCGGCAACAUGUUGACGAAAGAUAUAGCAGCCCAGAUAUACACAAUCUUGAAGCAGCCCAAUCUCAAAUACUUGACUCAGGAUGACUUUAAACCUGUGCUCAGAGAACUUUUGGCAACUCAUCCAGGGUUGCAGUUCUUACAGAGUACACCUCAAUUUCAAGACAAGUAUGUUGGAAAGCAAGAUUACAAUCACAGAUUUUUGGCUGGAUUUUCAGUAUCUAGUCCAAUGGCAAUGGUUAUGGUUGCUUUCAUACUUUCUAGUGUGAUCGUUGUUUCUUGCAAUAAGUCAAGAGCUGAAACUGUAACAUACAGAAUAUUUUACGACGUCAACCGCUCGAAUAAUAACCGUAUUACCCUCAGAGAGCUGAAGCGUUCAAACUUAAUUGCUGCAAUGAAACAUGUGGAUGAACAACUAAAUGUCAACACAGUAUUACGAUACUUCUCUUAUGAGCACUUUUACGUGAUCUUCAACACGUUUGUGGAGCUGGAUCCUGACGUUAAUUUUCUGAUCAAUAAAGAGAACCUCAUUAAGUAUGGUGGCUUUGCACUUACCAACAGGAUUGUAGAUAGAAUAUUUUCUCAGGUUCCAAGAAAGUUCACCAGUAAGGUUGAAGGAAAGAUGGGUUAUGAAGAUUUUGCGUACUUUAUAUUGUCAGAAGAGGAUAAAUCAUCUGAAACUAGCCUUGAGUAUUGGUUCAAGUGCAUAGAUUUGGACGCAAAUGGAGUUAUAACAAGGAAUGAAAUGCAAUACUUUUACGAGGAUCAGAAGCAAAGAAUGGAACACCUGGGCCGAGUGCCUGUGCCGUUUGAAAAAAUUUUAUGUCAGAUAGUUGACAUGAUUAAUCCACAGGAUAAGGGCUACUUUACUUUACGCGACAUAAAGGGCAGCAAACUCUCUGGGAGUGUUUUCAAUAUCCUUUUUAACACCAAAAAGUUCUUGGAUUUUGAAAAACGGCAUAAUUCAGUUCUAAUUAGUCAGGCACGUGAGAAUCCAAAUUGGACCGAGUGGGACCACUUUGCACACAGAGAAUAUAUUUUGCUUUCCACGGACAAUGUCUCUAGUGGAAGUAUUUACUGGGAUGGAUCUGAUGAUGACUGGGAUGCAGAGCUUGACGAUGACCCUCCCUUCUCCAAGGAUGCCUAUAGAGAUGCAGAAAAUCUCAGUAGUGCAGCUGAUCAACAGAAAAGAAGUUCCGGUUGCACUUUAGCUACCUUUCAGUAG